AUUGCGCCGCUGAGGUCGGAACGCGCACUCACGCCCCGUCAAACGCCGAGAUCGACGCCGACCCGACUCUCCCGCAGGAUGUCUAUUAGUAAGAUUCAUGCUCGUGAAAUCCUCGACUCCAGAGGAAACCCCACCGUCGAGGUGGAUCUGUACACGGCUAAAGGUCGUUUCCGGGCGGCUGUUCCCAGCGGCGCUUCCACUGGAGUUCAUGAGGCUCUGGAGCUCCGAGACGGAGACAAGACACGCUACCUGGGCAAAGGUACAUCUACCUAUAACACACUCUCACACUCACUCUCACACUCACUCUCGCACUCGCACUCGCACUCGCACUCGCUCUCACUCUCACUCUCACUCUCACUCUCCAUGCAGGCCUUCAACGUCAUCAACGGUGGCUCUCACGCUGGGAACAAGCUGGCCAUGCAGGAGUUCAUGAUACUGCCAGUCGGAGCCAAGAACUUUCACGAGGCCAUGAGGAUUGGCGCCGAGGUCUACCACAACCUCAAGAACGUCAUCAAGGCCAAAUACGGCAAAGACGCCACUAACGUGGGAGACGAGGGCGGGUUUGCACCCAACAUCCUCGAGAACAAUGAGGCUCUGGAGCUGCUAAAAUCUGCCAUCGAGAAGGCCGGCUAUCCUGACAAGAUCAUCAUCGGCAUGGAUGUCGCUGCGUCUGAGUUCUUCAGGAGCGGCAAAUACGACCUGGACUUCAAAUCACCUGACGACCCCAAGCGCCACAUCACUGGAGACCAGCUCGGAGACCUGUACAAGAGCUUCAUCAAGAACUACCCCGUCCAGUCCAUCGAGGAUCCAUUCGAUCAGGACGACUGGGAGAACUGGACCAAGUUCACGGGGUCAGUGGACAUCCAGGUGGUGGGAGAUGAUCUGACCGUCACCAACCCCAAACGCAUCCAGCAGGCCUGUGAGAAGAAGGCCUGCAACUGCCUGCUGCUCAAGGUCAACCAGAUCGGCUCCGUCACCGAGUCCAUCCAGGCUUGUAAGCUGGCUCAGUCUAAUGGCUGGGGUGUGAUGGUCAGCCAUCGCUCCGGUGAGACGGAGGACACCUUCAUCGCUGACCUGGUGGUCGGUCUCUGCACAGGACAGAUCAAGACCGGCGCCCCCUGCAGAUCAGAGCGCUUGGCAAAGUACAACCAGCUGAUGAGGAUUGAGGAGGAGCUCGGAGACAAGACCAAGUACGCAGGCAAAGACUUCCGCCACCCCAAACUCUGAAGCAGCACUUCACAGCACACAGCUCCUCUGAUCUACUUUUUUUGACAGAAGAAAACAAUAAAACAAUGGCAAGAAGUUA